CUGAGAAACUCAAAAGACUUUGAGGCUUUUUUUCAGAGGAUGAACUUUCAAGGGAUCGAAACUUCUGACCUCCAAUAACAUCUAAAAUCCGGCUGCUGUUACGGUACGUGUAGCAGUAAUACAGGCAAGUGUGUUUUUAUAGUUUGCAUACAUUGCAAAACAAUAUGUUUUAUUCGUGUCAUCCCGAGCAAAGAGACGUCCAAAGACGUCUUUUCUAUGUCUUUGUUGAUGUGGGAAGACGUCCCAUGAGGGGCCCAAAAGUGAAAGAUUUCACACCGUCGUUUUGUGAUGUCUUGAUGUCCAGGGGACCUCAGUACAAAGUUAAUGUUAGUUCAAAUUUGGAAAUUUUUCACAUUGAAAUAAAUGAAUUGAGUGAGACUGAUUGAAAUAAACUUUGAAGUUUGAAUGAUGGGAAUGCAUUAUUCAGCCAGACACCCAGCAAUCAGCGAUUUGUCCAUCGUAAUUGUAUUGAAUAUCACUUUUGUACCUUUUUAUCCAUUUUGAAUUGAUUGAACGUGUGAAAAGGGUGUUUACAUGAGUUAUAACUCGUAUCUUCUAGAGAGAGAGAGAGAGAGAGAGAGAGAGAGAGAGAGAGAGAGAGAGAGAGAGAGAGAAAGAGGCUGAGCGGGCAGGUAAGAAUGAGAGAGAGAGAUAAUCAUUGGUGUCCAGGAAUAUUACCACACAGAUUAUGAAUGAUGCAGUUUUGUGCUGAUAAAGUUCUUCUUUUGAACAUACUGACCAUCAUUUCAGUGGUUAAAUGUGGGACAAAUGAGAUCCUGACUUUCACAGCACAUGAAGGAGGAAAGGUUGAGAUACACUGUCCAUAUGAGUCUGGAUAUGAAACAUAUGAGAAGUAUCUGUGCAGAGGGAAAUGUUCAAUACUUUUCUCAAAAGACAUACCUGUUAAAUCUGAAUCCAAACCCGACGAUGGUCGAUUCAGUCUGACUGAUAACUCAGCUGCUCACAUCUUCACCGUCACCAUCACUGAUCUGAGAUCAUCUGAUGAAGGCAUGUACUGGUGUGGAAUAAAGACUGUCAUUGGCCUCAAGGAUAAAUAUAAAGAGGUUCAUCUGAAAAUUACACAAGCAGGCUCGUUUUUCGGUUCACAGGUGCCGCUGUAUUUCGGCCCCACCCCUCACAUCAGUGAAGCGUUACUGACAGCUGUGUCGGGGGAAAUCACAUCAGAGAGCACGUCACAUAAACCAACCACCGCUUCAUUUCACACCACCCCACCUGUAUCAACUGAUUCUUCAUCCAGACCUGCAACAUCAUCACCACCAUCACCGACCUCCUCCACCUCCUCAUCAUCUUCUCAUUCAUUGUCAUCAAACACAGAGACUAGUUUAGGUUUAUUUGGGUUCAUCACACUGUCAGUUACGGGGAUGCUGAUCUUGUUUGGAUUCGUGUUGUUUUUUUACUUCACACGGAGGAAAAAGAACGAACAACUGCAGCUCAGUGGUGACUCAGCUGGGAAUCUGAAAAAUGGAGCAGUAAGACAAACUAUGGUCUCUGACUGUGAUUACGAAGAGAUUCACCUCCCAAAUGUUCAUCCUGACUACAGUCUGGUUCUUCCUUCAUCCGGUGAACAUGACGCUUCUGUUUAUGCUUUAGCACAGAACGUCUCCUCUAAUAAUCUCCAUUAUUCCACCAUCAAAUUUACAGAGCUUUCACACAGAACUUCUGAUGGACAGACAUCGUGUGAUUAUGCAACUGUUGUUCUGUGAUGGAAGCAGGAAGAUUAUCAACUCUACAUCCAGUCUUUAUAACUCUGGAUGUUUUGAACAAGAGCAUUAUUUACAUUUCUAGUUACCAUUGAUCUUCCAUCGUCCAAAGUAUUACGUCACUGGAUGUAUGAAGUAAUAAAAAUUGGGAGAAGAUAGAACAGAGUUUACGCAGAAACCACAAGAAGCUGUUGAUUCUCAGAGAUGCUUCAAAUUCUUUCUUCCAAACAUCUUACACCAUGUCAAGCUACAGUUCCACUUUAUACCAGCUGAUGUAUUAAAGACAUUUCUUCUGUUGUCACAAUUAAGCUUUAAAACUUUCCUCCACAACUCCUGCUUUGUUUGUUAA